GUCAUUUUUUAGAACGUACGAGAGAACCAGAACGACAAGACAGUGAAGCUGAAGCCGCCCAUCAGCGCCGCCGCCGGUUGCAUUUUCAACCACCGAUUCUGCUGAAUCAACACUCUCCCACUUCACUGAAUCUCCGUCCAACUCCUCCGUUCGAUUCAUGGCAAUCCAAUGUCUCUCUCUCUAACUCUCCGUCGAGCUUCAAAUUUCUCUGCCUUUCUCCGCUCCCAACUCAAAUCUCCGGGGUACACAGCCAGAAUCUCCAAUGCCGGCUCCUCCGCCAUCCACGGCUGCCGGAUUCGACGAUCGUUGGGACGAGAAGGAAGAAGUUUCGGAAGGCAAAUGCGCGUUCCUCGUUGUAGCUCUCUGCCCUUGUCUCGUAUGUUUGAUUCUCAUCCUCCUGGUUGUUUUAAUUCUUCUCAUUGCCAAAUUCCAUCUGUUCUGCCACACGCCUCUUCAUUCUCUGUUCCUCAAGAAUCGAUGUUGAUCGUUCCAAAAUCGAGAACGAUUAAUUCCAGAAAUCCCCCCUUCCCUAAUUUUGAUUUACUUGCUAGAGGCUUUUGCCAUCUGAAUAACGAGGAUUCUGAUUGUUAUUCUGAUUCUGAAAUUGAAUGUGGGAAGAGUGAGGAUGAUGAUCGUGAGUGUGGUUCGAGGGUGGAUUCAACCGAAGUCGAUCGCGUAUGCAAGGUGAUCGACGAAUUGUUUGCGUUAGAUAGGAACAUGGAGGCGGUUCUUGAUGAAUCUAGUUUCAAAUUGUCCCACGAUCUGGUUUUGGAAGUUUUAGGACGAUUCAAACAAGCUCGAAAACCGGCAUUUCGAUUCUUCUGUUGGGCAGCUCAGAAGCCAGGAUUUGCCCAUGACUCCACAACUUACAAUGUGAUGAUGACAAUUUUGGGGAAGACAAAACAGUUUGAAACCAUGGUGUCAUUGCUUGAAGAAAUGGCUGAAAAAGAGCUUUUGACAAUGGAAACUUUCACCAUUUGUUUCAAAGCAUUUGCAGCUGCAAAAGAGAGGAAGAAAGCUGUGGGGAUUUUUGAGUUGAUGAAGAAGUACAAGUAUAAAGUGGGUGUGGAAACUAUAAACUGUUUGCUUGAUAGUUUAGGGAGGGAAAAGCUUGGGAAAGAAGCCCAAACACUUUUCGAGAAGUUACGCGGUAGGUUUACGCCGAAUUUGAAAACGUACACGGUUUUGUUGAACGGUUGGUGUCGGGUUAGGAAUCUAAUGGAGGCUGGGAAGAUAUGGAACCUGAUGAUUGAUGAAGGUUUCAAGCCUGAUAUUGUUGCUCACAAUACCAUGCUUGAAGGUUUGUUGAGGUGUAAGAAGAGGUCUGAUGCAAUCAAGUUGUUUGAGGUUAUGAAAGCCAAGGGCCCAUCUCCUGAUGUCAAGAGCUACACGAUUUUGAUUCGGGAUUUCUGCAAACAAGCCAAGAUGAAAGAAGCAAUCGAGUAUUUCGACGAAAUGCAGGGAGCGGGAUGUCGAGCAGAUGCUGGAAUCUACACAUGUUUGAUCACAGGUUUUGGGAAUCAGAAGAGGAUGGACAUGGUAUAUGGGCUGCUGAAGGAGAUGAAAACGAACAGUUGCCCGCCUGACGGGAAGUCCUACAAUGCGCUGAUUAAGUUGAUGACGAGCAGGCGAAUGCCAGACGAUGCCGUUCGUAUAUACAAGAAGAUGGUUGAGAGCAGCAUUGAACCAACAAUCCACACAUAUAACAUGAUGAUGAAGUCCUACUUUCAGACAAGGAAUUAUGAAAUGGGAGCUGCCAUUUGGGAGGAGAUGAAACAAAAGGGGUGCUGCCCCGACGAUAACUCGUAUACCGUGUUUAUCGGAGGGCUGAUAAGUCAGGGACGAUGCGGGGAGGCGGGUAAGUAUCUAGAGGAAAUGAUUGAGAAAGGAAUGAAGGCUCCUCAGCUUGAUUACAACAAAUUUGCUGCUGAUUUCUCCAGAGUUGGGAGGCCUGACAUUCUUGAAGAAUUGGCUCAGAAGAUGAAGUUCUCUGGUAAAUUUGAAGCCUCCAAUGUGAUUGCAAGAUGGGCUGAGAUGAUGAGGAAGAGAGUCAAGAGAAGAAAUCCUACAAACAUUAAUGGUGGCCAUGACCAUUGGCCAUAUAGCACCUGAUUGUUAAAUUAUUUUGUGUCUUUUAAUGGCAGAUUGUAAAGUUUUUAAGAAUUAGAACAUUGGUUCUUUCACAUCAUUUUUGAUAUUAGGUUUUGUUUCCCUCUGUUCCAGGUUUUGGAAAUUUGUAUAUGGGUUGUAGGUUUAAGAAGCCCGAGUUUAGAAAAACUAUGUCGGAGUAGAUUUGGUGUAACAUUAAAAUCUAUUGGUCUGUCAAACAAACUCAGACUUGACAAAUCUCGGGAAUAAAUUCGAUUAAUGUUUAGCUCA